GUUUCUUCAAACUUGUUCUAUUCAGUUCUCAUCUUCCGCAUCCAACUUUCUUCCGAUUGAUCGGCGAUCUGUCAAGUUAAGAGUUAGCGAUGGCAUUCUUCAGGAGCAUAGGUGCACUAUCAAGGCUGCGUUCUCGCGCCGGUCAGCAGCCUUGUCUUAGCAAUUCUGUUAGAUGGCUUCAGAUGCAGAGUUCCUCUGAUCUUGACCUUCAUGCUCAGCUAAAGGAAUUGAUUCCAGAACAACAGGAGCGCCUAAAGAAACUCAAGUCGGAACAUGGGAAAGUUCAACUAGGAAAUAUUACUGUUGAUAUGGUGCUGGGUGGAAUGAGAGGAAUGACAGGGUUGCUGUGGGAAACCUCAUUACUGGACCCAGAUGAAGGAAUACGUUUUAGGGGAUUGUCAAUUCCCGAGUGUCAGAAAGUAUUACCAGCUGCAAAGCCUGAGGGAGAACCUUUGCCUGAGGGUCUUUUGUGGCUUCUCUUAACUGGAAAGGUACCAAGCAAAGCACAGGUUGAUGCUUUAUCAAAGGAAUUACGUGACCGUGCAACUGUCCCAGAUCAUGUCUUUAAGGCCAUUGAUGCUCUGCCUGUCUCAGCUCACCCAAUGACUCAGUUUGCAACUGGUGUGAUGGCCCUCCAGGUUCAAAGCGAAUUUCAGAAAGCAUAUGAGAUGGGAAUACCAAAAUCAAAGUACUGGGAGCCAACAUAUGAGGACUCUCUUUCUCUGAUUGCUCGUGUGCCAGUGGUGGCUUCAUAUGUCUAUAGAAGAAUAUACAAAGAUGGGAAAAUUAUUCCCAUGGAUGACUCCCUGGAUUAUGGUGGGAACUUUUCACAUAUGUUGGGAUUUGACAGUCCCCAGAUGCAAGAGCUUAUGAGGCUCUAUGUCACCAUCCAUAGUGAUCAUGAAGGUGGAAAUGUUAGCGCCCACACUGGCCACCUGGUGGGUAGUGCUCUAUCAGAUCCUUAUCUUUCAUUUGCAGCUGCAUUAAAUGGUUUGGCCGGACCCCUCCACGGUUUGGCUAAUCAGGAAGUUUUGCUUUGGAUUAAAUCAGUGGUGGAUGAAUGUGGGGAAAACAUGACAAAGGAACAACUAAAAGACUAUGUUUGGAAGACAUUAAAUAGUGGGAAGGUUGUUCCUGGCUUUGGUCAUGGAGUUUUGCGUAAAACUGAUCCAAGGUACACAUGCCAAAGGGAGUUUGCAUUGAAGCAUUUACCUGAUGAUCCACUGUUCCAGCUGGUUUCAAAGCUAUAUGAAGUGGUACCUCCUAUUCUUACCGAGUUAGGCAAGGUGAAAAACCCAUGGCCCAAUGUAGAUGCGCACAGUGGGGUGCUCCUGAACUAUUUUGGUCUCACUGAGGCAAGAUACUAUACGGUUCUUUUUGGUGUGUCAAGGAGUAUUGGGAUUGGCUCGCAGCUGAUAUGGGACCGAGCUCUUGGUUUGCCACUUGAGAGGCCAAAGAGUGUUACGAUGGAAUGGCUUGAGAACUACUGCAAGAAGGCAGAAGCAGCAUGAAUUGAUGUAGACUGACUGACUGACUGACUGCCUUUGGUAGUGGUAGUAAUAAUAAUAAUAAUAAAUAACUGCUCACAAAGCCCUUUUUUUUGGUUUUUGGGUGAAAGGAAUGAGGGGGUCACAGUGCAGACAGUUAAAUGGGUAGAGGAACAACCUAACUCUUUUUCUUUUUCUUUUUUUUUUUUGGUGUUUUUCCCAUUAAAUUUUGAAUUUAAUUCAAUUUCGAUACGACCUUGCUUUGUUAAGUGCCUGGUUUGGUAGAAAUACUUUGGGCGAUGUAUUUACAAUAAUAAUAAUAAAAAUAUAAUCGGAGU